AUGCUUUCCCUCCCACCUCCACCCCCACCACCGCCAGGAGCAUCUCCUCCACCACCACCACAAAAACAAACCACUCCAGUCUCUCUGGACCAAAUUGUAAUAUCAAAGCCAGUUAUAAACCAACAAGCUUCAGCUUCACAAAAACCAGAUCCUGACAGUACUGAGAACUCAAGGAAACCAGUCCUACGACAGCCUCAUACUCGACGGACCAAUCCAUUGAUAUGGUGUUCUGCAAUCCUUUGUCUGAUAUUUUGCCUUAUUCUCAUCUUGUUCGGAGUAGCAACUUUAAUCAUCUUCCUCUCCAUAAAACCAAGGACUCCUGCGUUUGACACUCCUAAUGCAAGCCUCAACGGCAUCUACUUCGAUUCACCAGAAUAUUUCAAUGGUGAUUUCACCUUCCUGGCAAACUUUUCCAACCCCAAUCGGAGAAUUGAUGUAAGAUUCGAGUAUCUGGUUAUAGAGCUCUACUUCCACGACAGGCUCAUUGGAACUCAGGCUGUUCAACCUUUCUCUCAGAGAAGAGGAGAAGCUAGACUAGAAUCAGUUCAUUUCAUAUCGAGCUUGGUCUAUUUGCCACAGAAUCUUGGGGUGGAACUACAGAAGCAGGUUUUAAGCAACAGGGUUAACUACAACAUAAGAGGGACUUUCAAAGUGAGAGCCAAUCUGGGUUUGAUCCAUUUCUCUUAUUGGUUGCAUAGCAGAUGUGAGUUGCUGAUGUCAAGUCCCCCAACAGGUGUCUUAGUUUCACAUCGUUGCAAAACAAAGAGAUGAAAAUGCACGUCCUUUUUCCCUUAAUAUCAAGAUUUUCAUUUCCUUCUGUCUGAAUUGAGACUAGUUGAUUCUCUGAUGGAAAGAAAAUUCUUGAAAAUUUUAAGCUUCACACAAAUAGUAUAUUCUUCUUUUUCUUAUUG